AUGUCCUUCCUAUGCCCGUCCUGCGCCCGUCUUAUGCCCGUCCUACGCCUGUCCUAUGCCCAUCUUUACGCCCGUCCUAUGCCCGUCCUACGCCCGUCCUUUGCUCGUCCUAUGCCCGUCCUGCGCCCGUCCUAUGCCCGUCCUGCGCCCGUCCUACGCCCAUCCUUACGCCCGUCCUAUGCCCAUCUUUACGCUCGUCCUAUGCCCGUCCUACGCCCGUCCUUUGCUCGUCCUAUGCCCGUCCUGCGCCCGUCCUAUGCCCGUCUAACGCCCGUCCUAUGCCCGUCCUACGCCCGCGCCUACGCCCAUCUUUACGCCCGUCCUAUGCUCGUCCAGCGCCAAUCUUACGCCCAUCCUAUGCCCGUCUUACGCCCGUCCUACGCCCGUCCUAUGCCCGUCCUACGCCCGUCCUAUGCCCGUCCUACGCCCGUCCUAUGCCCGUCCUACGCCCGCGCCUACGCCCAUCUUUACGCCCGUCCUAUGCUCGUCCAGCGCCAAUCUUACGCCCAUCCUAUGCCCGUCCUACGCCCGUCCUAUGCCCGUCUUAUGCCCGUCCUAUGCCCGUCCUAUGCUCGUCCAGCGCCCAUCUUACGCCCAUCCUAUGUCCGUCCUACGCCCGUCCUACACUCGUCCUAUGCCCGUCCAAUGCCCGACCUGCGCCCGCCCUACGCCCAUCUUUACGCCCGUUCGUCCUCAACCCGUCCUGCGCCCGCCCUACGCCCGCGCCGGAAGGACACUAAGACAAAUGGCACUCUAAGAAAAUACACAUCAUCACGUCAUCAGUCAUCAAUCAUUAUUCAUCAGUCACCAGUCAGUAGUCAUCAGUCAACAGUCAUCAGCCAGCAGUCAGUAGUCAUUCAGUCAACAGUAAUCAGUGAACAGUCAACAGCCAUCAGCCAACAGUCACAGCCUGCCAAUCCCAUUCCGAUGUCUCUGAUGGGCACCUGGCACCCUGAUGGCCCUCCGCCGCCCAUCCGCUCCUUGCCUCCACGCCCGCACGCCCAUCAGGGAGGCUAUAGAGAAGAUGUAUCAUAA